GUGUGUGUGUGUGUGUGUGUGUGAUGGGUCUAGCCUUACUGCGCGCCACCCUCUCCAUCAGUGCGUGUGCACGAGUGUCCGCAAAGCCGCUGCUGCUGCUCCUCUCCAGGCGCGCAGAACCAUUCCCAAACUUUGAUGAGCUGAAACCUUUCACCAAGGCAACAAAACAGGGAGAAUACAUUUUUUAAAAUAUAACAUAUAAUUUACAGGUUGCGUCCGAAAAUUCCGGUUGAUCAAGCCUAACAAACAGGUGUCAACAUGGAGGGCACUCCGGUUGAAAUUUUCAAAGAAGACAAUAAGUGCCUCUCCACGCUGCUGGAUGACUGUCCGGUAAAUUCCUCAUCCUGGGUGUCCGGAUACUCAGACAGCCGCAAUGUGACCCACGAUGAUAGCUGGGAGCAGGAGGGCAUGUCUCCCAUAAUCCCCAUCAUCACUGCAGUCUACUCUGUGGUGUUUGUGGUCGGCUUGUUUGGCAACUGCCUCGUCAUGUAUGUGAUCAUCAGGUACACAAAGAUGAAGACAGCCACCAACAUUUACAUUUUCAACUUAGCCCUCGCUGACGCCCUCGUCACCACCACAAUGCCCUUCCAGAGCACGGACUACCUGUUGAACACCUGGCCCUUUGGUGAGGUGGUGUGCAAGGUCUUCAUCUCCAUCGACUACUACAACAUGUUCACCAGCAUUUUUACCCUCACCAUGAUGAGCGUGGAUCGCUAUGUGGCCGUGUGUCACCCGGUGAAAGCGCUGGACUUUCGCACGCCGAACAAAGCCAAGAUGAUUAACGUGUGCAUCUGGAUCCUGUCGUCGGCCGCUGGGAUACCUGCUUUUGUUCUGGGAGGCACCCAAACGAAGAGUGACAUCACUGAGUGUGCCUUGCAGUUCCCAGAGCCGUACGUGUACUGGGACACAGUGAUGAAGAUAUGCGUGUUCGUCUUUGCCUUCGUCGUGCCUGUGCUCAUCAUCACGGUGUGUUACUCCCUCAUGGUCCUGAGGCUGAAGAGCGUCCGAAUGUUGUCCGGCUCGCGGGAAAAGGACCGCAACCUGCGCCGGAUCACUCGGCUGGUGGUGGUCGUGGUGGCCGUGUUUGUGGUCUGCUGGACGCCCAUUCACAUUUUCAUCCUGGUCAAGGCGCUCGUGAGCGUGCCAGAAACCACAACGGUCAUGGCCGCCUACUUCUUCUGCGUGGCUCUGGGUUACACCAACAGUAGCCUCAACCCUGUCCUCUAUGCCUUUCUGCAUGAGAACUUCAAACGCUGCUUCAAAGACUUCUGCUUCUCGGCCAGACUGAAGGGGGACAAAGUGUCCGGGAGCAAGAAGGGCCCCAGCACCAUGCGGGAGGUCGCUGUUCCCCUGGAGAACCCAGAUGGGACUAGUAAGCCCACAUGACUAGCAGUGGAACUGUCUUCAAUUUCCCACAUUGGAAAAGAAGACUCACAUGACCUGGGCCUAACCCACGUCACAUCGACAAUGUAGACUAGUUUUGGCUCGAUUUCUUUUCAUGAGUUCAAACACUGAGUGCCAACACUGAUGUGAUUUCAUUUCAGAGAUCAAAUGAAAGUUACACAUUAUAAAUUGCGUUCCAUCAUUUCUAUAAAUCAACAAAAAAGAAAAAAGCUCCUCUGCAUGACUCCAUCCUCCUCCCUGUGGCUUUUGUCACUUUGAUCCAUUUUUCUCAUUUAUCAUAAAGAUUGUCUAUUUAUCAUUUGAACAUGCAGGAAAACAGAAAGUCUUUAACAGUUUCUAUUUUCCAACCACAUCCAGUCCUGCUACAGAGUUUAUUAUUAAGAAGGAACUGCUAGUGAAUUAUACAGAUUACAAGAAUAUGAUCCCAAAAUGUCUCAGGAAAGUUGUUGAUUAUUUAAUAGAUAGAAAUAUUGUAGAAAGAGGUUGAUUGUGAAACAUUACUGACUCAUGUCAAGUUAUGAAAUGCUAAUUUAACUACAUUUUAUUUCAGCCUUUCUCAGCUUUCAUUUAUUCCCGUCAUUUCCUUUUGCCAAAUGUGCCUUUAACAGUCCAGGAUGACACAUGUUUGCAUCAGUGGAGAAUGACUUCAGUAAUGACAAGUGAAUCAGGUCGAACAGCACUUAAACUCGCAGGAAGUUAAGUUCUUGUAUGCUGUUAACGGUGAGUCAGUGGUAGCUGCAUGAAUCACUGACAAGCAGAAAGGUGCCAAAAUCCUUUUUUUACAUCCGCGAAGAGUUUGAAACGCGCCGAUUGACCAGAAUGUGACAGAAAUGACUCAUGUCGGACUUUGAGGUCGAUGGAUGGUUCGCAAACGAGCUAAAAAGUUGCUCUCGGUUGCAUCAACGGCAAGUUUAGCGCUGUGGGAAAAUCCUGGACUUGAUUGUGCAUUUAAUAUUUGACAGAGGGCUCUCUAUCAGCUUUGACUCUGGAGUUGUGUCCAGUUUGAUAAGUUGUUCAAUUCAUGGUGUAAAAUUCCAUCACGUGUGUGCUGUUUAUGGCUUUUUACCCAUGAUACACAUUCAAAUACUAUUAUUGUAGAGAAAUGUUCUAUCAAUCUGAAAACAUGAAUAGCUGUUCGAACAAGUUGUGCACAUUGUUAAAUACAGUUUAUUCUGUCAUCUGUACAGUAUGAUCGUAUGUGUGCCAUGCAUUAUUUUGUAUAGAUAAAAAAAGAAACCUUUGCACAGACAUCAUUGAAAUAUCCUGUAUAUAUGUAGCAUGUCAAUGAUCAUUGCUAUGAUAGUAAUGCGACAUCAGCAGCCUAUAUGCUUGAUGGUCUGUGCUGUUAUUUUGAAUGUACUGCAGAUAAACUGUAUUAUAUUUAUAUAUAUAAUAAACAUAUCCAUUGUAUAAACUCAUCUAUUCCAUUAGAGGAGAAUUCAAGUAAUUCAGUAAUAAAAUCCAUUCCCAUUAACACUCAUCCCUCUGAACCGAAGCCUUGUGGGUUCAGGGAAACUUUUUUAAUUGUUAACAAAUCUUUAAACACAUCAUGUAUACUGGCGUUUAAAUAUAUUGAGCAUAGAAGUUCUGUUACUUGAAAAAAAGAGACAUUAUUCUAAGAAACUACACUGUGACCAAGAAAUCAUUGUUUAGUUUGUUUUUCAGUUUCUUGUACUUACUGCUUAAAUCUGCCGCUGCUGUAUAUUGGCUUUGUCUGCUCUCUACCUAGCAGGAGAUGUAUUGAUCAAAACAUCUUGUGUGUGA